AUGGCAUCUCAACCACCACUGAAGCGCCGCAAGCUCGACCCAUACGAGGAGUUCGAGAUCACCGUCGGAUCUGGUGAAGCUACCAGAGUUGUCACCGUGGCCAAGAAUUACCUCACCAAGUCAUCCGAGUUCUUCAAGAAAGCUUGCAACGGCGUCUGGCAGAAAGCAUAA